GAGAGCGCCCGGGGGCGGGCCGCGCACACCUAGGCGACCGCCGCAGGACCAAGCCGCCUGGAAGCCGGAGCGGCGGGCGGCCGCAGGGAAAUCGUAAGAAAUGAAUUUUAAUGUCUGGAGUAUCAAAGAGAUGCUCAGUAUUCCCUCAGGCUCUGGGACCACUAAGUCAUCUCACUGGACUAACAGUCAGACUGAUUGCUCCAGCCUCAGUGAUUCGCAGUUCCUCUUUGGAUCCCAGUUCUGUCCAGAAAAUUCAGAGACCCUGUCAGCUCCCUUGGACUUUGGUGUCCACGCGAGACACCCCGAACAGUCACAGCAGAACCCUCUGGAUAAUGAACCUAGUAUUUUCACAAAGUACCAGACAAAACCGCAGCUGUUUGGAGGAUACAGAAAAGAUGGAGCCUUAUUUCCUCUUCCUUUGUCGGCUGGAAAACCAAAAGGCCUCUGGGAACAGUUUGAGGAGGAAAAGAAAAGGGCAGAGGAGCAGUGUGACAGUGAGACUAUACGCAAUUUCACUUCCUAUGUCAGAGAAAGCAUUCACAAGUUGCAGACAUCUGUGGAAAAGUUGGAGGAACAUCUCAGUUCAAGAAGCCAAUCUAUUUUGGAUUCUUUGGCGACUGUAGCCAAGACAUUGCAGGAGACGGUGCAGGCCCAGAGCACCCUGGUGCUGAAAGCAGUGCGGGACGGAGGCAGCACGGAGCAGGCCAUCCUGGAGAUGCAGAGGAGCUUCGACACUACACAAGCAGAGUUUACAGAAAUGAGGUCUGACCUGAAGCACCUUGAAGUUCUAGUUGUCCAGCAGAGCCAGGUCUUCCAGCAGCUGUGUGAGCAGCUGGGCCAGGUGAAUGUGCCCAGCGUCCUAGCAGAGAUGAAGAGAUGGAUCUCAGAACGCCGGGUUCCCAGGUCUGUGAAAGACAGUGCAUCCCAGACCUCACCACCUCCGGCCCGGAGCCUCGGAUGCACCAGGAAGGACAGCUGUGCCCCUGCAGGACCCGUGAUGUGGCAGGCCCGGGCCCCACCUGCCACGUGGGACCUCGGUGUGGGCUCCCUGCAGCCCAGGGCCCUCGGCAUUGGGGAGGAAGGAGCCCAGAGUGAUGCUCUCCAAGAUGACCCGGUGCUGCCAGCAUGUGGAGCCCACCAAGGAGCCCCGUGCCUGAAGGACAAGGCCGUGCAGACGAGCCACAAGGACAGGGCUGGUCGUAAAACAAGCCCUGAGCACCAGGGUGCCAGCGUCCCAGGACACAAGGCUCCUGGUGACAGAGACCUGGUUUCCCAAGGCCCUUCCAGACUCACACCCCUGGACUUGAACAACUUUGCAACCAGCACUGAGAACACCUGCCAAAAAUGUCAAGCCAAAGGCAUGUCUUUGUGUGACUCUUGCAAACACAGGUUGGUGCCCAGACAGAAAGGCAGAAGUGUAGGAAGGGGGAGGAAGGGCAGGAAGCUGCAGCCCAGGAGGGCCCCCAGAGGCAGGAAGCGAGAGCCCACCCCGGAGAGGCCCAAACCCCUUGCCCAGCCGCCAGUCUGCCCUGCUCGGGGGGUCACAGUCACAGCCCGGAAGGCAGUGACGGCAGAGCCAGGGGACUGCCUGAAGCUGGGUGGGCACGCCCCCCGAGACGGCCUGCGUUCUGAUGGCCCCCAGGGGCACUGGCAGACGAGUUGGCGGGGCAGCCUCACCCUUGGGCUUGCAGAGACCCCUCUGUGCAAGGAGCUGGGGAAAAGGAGGCUCUACGACCUGGGCUUCGACAGUAGCGAUGAUGGCUUCUGACUGGCCCUGGGUCCUCAGCUGCUGCUUACUGGUUUUGGUGGGAAGAACCGCAGAACACUGGGCAGGCAGACAGCAGAAGCCCGGAGGCCUCCUUGAGGCCAGAGGCCCUGCUGCGGGCGGUCAGGGCAGGGCAGUCAGUGGGGGGUGGAGGAAGGGAGGGCUGCCUCCCCGAGGGCUCAUGUGGCAUCACUGGGGCGGCAUGACUCCCAAACACGUUUUUGGUCUUUAAAAUAUUCUCUACACAUAGUGCCUUUCUGGGCAGCUGCAGGAGUUUUUUUUUAAUCCAGUCUUGUUGCCAAAGCACUUGAAUCUUUUGGUCAGUGGCCACAUUACAGGACACACUGGUCAGUCUCCUCGUGAACCGGGGAGCAGAGUGGGCGAGCCGCCCACGACAGAGGCCCAGAGCCCCGCCAUCCACAAGCCUUGACAUCCCACCUUUCUCGGGGCGCCUUCUCUGCUGUCCUGUCCCUCGACCGUGCUUACAGCCAGCAACGGCACUUGGAGGACCUGUGUUAUUCCGGGGGGCAGCGGGCCUAGAGGGACUUUGGGUUUCCAUUUGUACCUUCCUGAAGUUUUUGAAUUUUUGCAAUAUAUAUGUAUUUCUUUUGUAAUAAAAACCAAAUAAACGUUUUACUAAAGAUAAA